AUGUCUCCCAGAAUCACUCGCGCCUCCGCUCGCCAAGCAGCAAGCCAGGCAGAGUCCCCGGCUGCUGCUGCCGCUGCCGCUGCCGGUUUGACGACUGCGGUUGCUGCUUCCGCCUCGACCCCGAAUCAUCCUACCCGAGCUUCGACACGCAAGCGGAAGGCCAACGAUACCAGUCCUCCCCAGGCUUCCCCUCCUCAACCCACUCCUAGCCGUCGUUCGAAGCGGCAAAAGGUCCCCGACCCUAUCCCGGAGCCCGUAGCACCAGAGCCCCUUCCGCCUCGCAAUAGGAAGGGUAAAGCUGCUGCCACCAUGUCCAGCCCAGGGUUUCCCCCAGAGUCUACCCUCACACCGUCAAAUACCUCCGCUGCUUCCAGCCGCAAGCCCAGCCGUAGCAAGAAGAACACGUCAGACGUCUCCGCCACAGCCGCAUCUACAUCGGCCCGCAAGUCAAGACGCUCUUCGAACCAUGCCCCCGAUCCAGAUACCAAGAUGGCGGGCACCGACGACGCGGAUAACGACUCGCUACCGCCUCCACCCCCGACUAUAGAUGAAGAUGGUCAAGGGGACGCCGGAGACAACGGCGAACAUGACGAAGACGACGAUGACGAGGAGGAGGAGGACGAAGAAGGCAACCCCUAUGGAGAAGAGGAAGACGAUGACGACGAGAUGAGUGCGGCAAUGAACCCCUUUGGCAGUGCACUCGGCGGUGCGCCCCGGGGCAUGUCCAGCUCCUUGGCCAUGCUCAGUAGUCUCAUGUCGCUGUCGGGGAUGGGCCAACGAUUCAGGGACAUCCUCAGCAAUCUUCGCCAAAAGGAGGACCCCUCUCUGCAGCUUAUUGCCCUGCAGGAGCUGUCAGAGAUCUUACUCGUGUCCAACGAGGAUAACCUGGCAGGGACAUUCGCACCCGAGCAGUUCGCUAAGGAGCUUGUCGCUCUCAUGCAACCCAACGAGAUCACAGGAGAGGAGAAUCCAGAGAUGAUGCUUCUCGCCUGUCGCUGUCUGGCAAACCUUAUGGAGGCCUUGCCCAGCAGUGCUAGUCACGUUGUGUUUGCCGGAGCUGUGCCCGUUCUGUGCCAGAAGCUGCUCGAGAUCUCAUUCAUCGACCUGGCCGAACAGGCCCUGAGCACUCUGGAGAAGAUCUCGUACGAGUACCCGACCAGCAUCAUCAGGGAGGGUGGCCUGACGGCGUGUCUUUCGUACUUGGAUUUCUUCGCGACAAGCACGCAGCGGACGGCCGUCACCACAGCUGCCAACUGUUGUCGAAUGAUCCCGGAGGAUACCUUCCCCGUCGUGCGAGACGUCAUGCCCAUUCUCCUGAACGUCCUUAACAGCAGCGAUCAGAGGGUCGUCGAGCAAGCAUCCAAGUGUGUGUCGCGCAUUGUCGAGAACUUUAAGGGCGCCCCGUCCAAGCUCGAGGAGCUCAUCGACGUUGAUCUUCUCAAAGCGAUCCUUCGCCUGCUCCUUCCGGGAACCACCAACCUGAUCAGCCCGGACAACCAUACCAAGUUCUUGCGCGUUUUAGCCAUUACGGCCAAGGCCAGCCCGCGCCUCUCGGCCGAGCUCUUCAAGAUGAACGUCGUGGAGACAUUGUACCAGAUAUUGACUGGCGUGUCCCCACCCAGUGGCACCGAGGAUGUAGCUGCCAAACUGGACAGCGUCUUGAUCAUGCAGGCCCUUAUCCACCGGCCCCGCGAACAGAUCAUCGAGACUCUGAACGUCAUCUGCGAGCUUCUUCCCGCUCUUCCUGGAUCCGCCGAUCCGGCCUCGGGACAGUUCGUGAAGUUGGAAACGGCGGAUCCCAGUGCUUCGCGAAAGAAGUCGACCAACGAUAAGCGAGUUGAACUCUUGGCAGGUUGCAAGACCGAGGUCCGGCGUUUCGCCCUCAUCCUGUUCCCUACCUUGACAGAUGCGUUUUCCAGCACGGUCAAUCUCAGUGUCCGCCAGAAGGUGCUGAUGGCCCAGCUGAAGAUGCUCUCUAACUUGGAUAUCGAGAUUCUGGUCGAGGCUCUCAAAGCUGUGCCUUAUGCUUCUUUUCUUGCAUCCAUUCUGUCUCAGCAGGAUCAUGACUCCCUAGUCAUGUACGCAUUGCAAGCGACCGAGUUGCUUAUGAGCCGACUCGACGAAGUCUACCGCUACCAACUCUACCGAGAGGGCGUCAUUGCCGAGAUUACAAAGCUUGCCGCCGAACAGCCCGCGAUCGAAGAGAUUGAUCUGCCUAUCCUCACUCCUCGCCCUCCGCCGCCAGUCGUCCCGGCCUCUCAUGAUUCCGAGGACCAUCAUUCAGAUCACGAGGACGAGGACGGAGAGGAGAACGACGAUCAGGCUGGUGAGGCUGAAGACGAAGAUGGAGAAGACGAGGGCUCCGACCAUUCCUCUGCUGACGAGGACAACGAGCACGAGCACGAUAGUGACGAUGAGCACGACAAUGAGGAGGGCCACGGGAGCCAAGAAGAGGACAACGAGAAUGAGGAUGACGACGACGAUGAGGAGAUGUCCGGCUCCCCUAGCAGUGAUUCUAUGAUGUCCCUCGAUGCUCCUCCCACGCGCUCCAUUGUUCGACCUCCGUCUCUUCGGCACCGCAUUGUAGAGGUAUCCAAGCAGUUCCUCGAGACCCACGAGACAGAGAAGCAUGGAAAGGCCAUGAAGAAGAAGGCCAGCAAGGUUCUGGAUCGUCUCUCCGAGAUUGCCUCCCAGAUCGAGGCCUUCUAUCUCCACCGCUCGUCCGCCAAUCUAGCCCCUGAGGAAGGCCAAGAGCUCUUCAAAGCUCUGGCAUCCUUUUUCGAUUCGGAUGUCUUGGAGAGCGUGACUAGCGCCGAGCUUCUUGCCUCGAGCGUUGUCCGUGUUCUUGAAGGGGUGUUCAGUAAUCCCGACGAGUCUUUGGCCACGGCUGCACAGUCUGCGUUUCUCCAAGUCUUCAUGGGCUAUUCAGUCAGGUCAAAGCCCAAGACUGCGACUGCCGACUCCCCGGCAACGCCUUUCAGCGUCCUGAUCCACAAGCUGCAGGAUCUUCUGAGCCGGUCAGAGCAUUUCGAAGUCCUUACUGUUCACCACAACGCACUUGAUGGCAAUCGGAGCAGUGCCGCUUCGAUGCUAGCCAAGCAGAUUAGACUGAAACUGGUGGCUGAUGACGACUCGGAUAUCCCCCGCGCAUAUCGGAGCAUCAUGGUCACUAUCCACGCUAUCGCCACGUUCAAGUCCUUGGACGAUUACCUCCGCCCCCGGAUCAGCCUUUCGGAGCGGCCGCGCAGCGUUCGCCGCGAGAACCUGUCUAGAGCGCUUGCUGCUCUCGCCGGCAGUGCUGGUCUCCCGUUUGGUGUUCCCUCGGCAUCAAGACUCGGAGAGCGAGCUCCCCCGCAGAUACCCGGUUCCAGUCCGUUCUCUUCUUCCGGUCCAGGCCUCGGGUCCAGCACUCGAUCUGCUCGCAAGUCUACUCCGCGUCCAAGCCACGCGCCCGAGACGCCAGCGCCAGCUUCUGCCUCGGCCUCUACGCCAAAGGAGAAGGCGAGCGUUCGUCGGUCGACGCGUCGUCACCCCGGCUCUACUGCCACUCCGCCCCCUCCACGGCCUCCUCCGGAAGAGGACGACGAUUUGGAGAACGCACUGGAGUGUGCAGACGAGAAGCAGCUCUCGGACGACGACGAGGAUCUCCACGAGAGCGGUGCACUAGAUACCGUUGUUGGACAACUCGAUGAGGACAUGGACGACGAGCCCACAUCGGACCCGUCGGCUGUCAACAUGGAGGUGGCUGCUGGUGGUAAGAUCACAGCACGCAAGGAAGACGGCACCCGUAUUCCCACUCCAUCGCACGGGUCUUCAGCAACGCCAUCGCGAGCUAGCGCCUCCGCUGCUGCUGCUGCACAGAGCACCCCCACGCCUUCUGCGUCGUCGCGGCCGUCCUAUGCAGCUGCUCUGCAGGCUGUCCCUCAGGACUGGCACAUCGAGUUCAGCACCGAUGACAAGGUGAUCCCCAACGAGACCACCAUUUAUCGAGCGGUCCACAGCUCGUCACCAUCUGAGGAACAGGCUGGCCGUAGCGUCUGGUCAGCUGUUCACUCCAUCAAGUUCCGCCGCGUGCCCGGCCCCCCACCCGCAGAGACCAUUUCUUUCUCCACCUCUACAGGAAACACCGAGGCAAGCGAGGGCACUACGCCUGAGACCCUUGCGAAGAACCCUACAUCGGCAUCGAUCCUACGCCUGCUCAAGAUCCUGCAUGACUUGAAUGCCAACAUCGACGACGUGCUCGUCGAGAACAAGGACGCUGUCAAGCUCAAUAUCGAGCCUCUGUCCCAAUUUGUCAACACCAAGCUCACAGCCAAGCUAAACCGACAGCUUGAAGAGCCUCUCAUUGUGGCGAGCAACUGCCUGCCUGGCUGGAGUGAGGAUCUCGCCCGGCUCUAUCCAUUCCUAUUCCCCUUCGAGACGCGCCACCUAUUCCUGCAGUCUACUUCCUUUGGCUAUGCCAGGUCUAUGAGCAGAUGGCAGAAUGCACAAUCUCACGAGGAGUCCCGCCGAGAUCGACGAGACGAGCGGCCAUUCCUUGGUCGUCUGCAGCGGCAGAAGGUGCGAAUCUCGCGCUCCAAGAUCCUCGAGUCGGCGGUCAAGGUCAUGGAGCUGUACGGAGCAUCCCAGAGCAUCCUUGAAGUAGAAUAUUUUGAGGAAGUCGGCACUGGUCUAGGACCGACUCUGGAGUUCUACUCGACUGUUUCCAAGGAGUUCUCGAAGAGGAAGCUCAAGCUCUGGCGCGAUACGGACACGGAUGCCGAGAAGGAAUUCGUUGUUAGUCCCAACGGUCUCUUCCCCCGGCCUCUGAGUGAUGAGGACGCAAACGGGCCCAAUGGUACGCGCAUCCUCGGACUGUUCAAGGUGCUCGGCAAGUUUGUUGCGAGGUCCAUGCUUGACUCUCGGAUCAUUGACAUCAACCUGAAUCCCAUCUUUUUCCGCAUCGGAGACGAGUCGUCUGGUGUCCGUCCCUCCUUGGGCGCUAUUAAUGUCGUCGACCCCGCACUUGCUCGCUCCUUGAUGCUCAUCAAGAAGUUUGCUAUGGCCAAGAAGGACAUUGACGAGGACCCUCACCGAACUCCGGCGCAGAAGGUGGCUGAUGUGCAGAACAUCACUGUCAACAAUGUUGCGAUUGAACAACUUUCCCUGGACUUCACACUGCCUGGUCACGCCGACAUUGAGCUCAUUCCCAACGGCACUCAAGUCAACGUGACUAUCGAGAAUGUGGAUCUUUACCUAGAGAAGGUUCUCGACAUGACUCUUGGCAAAGGUGUUAGACGCCAGGUCGAUGCCUUCCGUACUGGUUUCUCGCAAGUCUUCCCCUAUUCCGCUCUCAGCGCAUUCACGCCUGAUGAGCUCGUGACUCUGUUCGGGCGUGCCGAGGAGGACUGGUCUCUUGAGACACUUAUGGAUUCUAUCAAAGCCGAUCACGGAUACAACAUGGACAGCAACACUGUCCAUAAUCUCCUCGAAACAAUGAGUAAAUUCACUCCGCAAGAGCGUCGAGAUUUCCUCCAGUUCACGACCGGUAGCCCCAAGCUGCCUAUCGGAGGUUUCCGAAGCUUGACACCGAUGUUUACGGUUGUCUGCAAGCCAAGCGAGCAUCCAUACACCCCGGACGACUACCUCCCCAGCGUCAUGACAUGCGUCAACUACCUCAAGCUGCCCAACUAUACCGACAUCAGCAUCAUGAAGAAGCAGCUUUCCACGGCUAUGAGGGAAGGCCAGGGUGCUUUCCACCUCUCGUAA